AGUGAGAGGAGAGAUAACUAGAGGGCUGCAGUUUCAACACACCGUAUUGCCUGCGUCUUUACCUGGUGACUUGUAUCCAAGAUGAAGCGCGCGCCUGGUCCAAGGCCAGCGCCAAAGGGCUCAAGAUGUUAUUUGAUUUAAAGUAAACCCUUCUACUUGGGUCUGAGCAACCCCACUCUUUCCGCUCUUGGGGUUCACCUUCACGCAUCCUAGUGUACGUGGCUUGGCGAACUCUAUUCUUGUACUUUGCUCUCCAAAUGCAAUGAUACACACCGCGCGUAUUAGCGAAGAAAAAGACAUUGUGCCGCUCUGGUAUUUGUUUGUCUAGUUUAGUCGCUGUCAGAACAGAUGGAUCAUCUAGAAUGCAAGCUCAUACAUAUACACCAGUGUCAUCACCGCCGGACACAAGAUCCUAGCUCGAACCGAUGGAGGGAAGAUAUGAAAUUCUGGGUGAGCCCACGGGUCGGCCAACGACUCGUGCCCUUGUGGCCGUUGACCCACGUCUAUGGGCGCUCUAUCCAGACGCCUCUGGCCUUGUGGGCAUAGAUGGCCCCAAGGAGAAGCUCGCCGAACAGCUGGAAAAAGGGAACACACAGCAGCUUAAAGUGGUAUCUGUUGUUGGGUUUGGAGGCAUGGGUAAGACUACCCUUGCCAACCAAGUUCGUCAUAAGAUCAAGAGUCAAUUUGACUGCACGGCUUUUGUAUCGGUGUCCCAAAUUCCCAAUAUGGCCACGAUUUUAUCAAGAACGCUCCUACAAGUUGGGGGCACGCUACCUUCAGACUCGAAUGAUGACCGUCGACUCAUUGACUGCCUGAGGGAUCAUCUCAAGAACAAAAGAUACCUUAUCGUGAUUGAUGAUCUAUGGACAACAGAAGCAUGGAACACUAUUAGAUGUUCUCUUGUGGAGAAUGAUUGUGGUAGUAGAGUUAUAACAACAACACGUAUUGAAGCUGUAGCUCAGGCAUGUUGUUCUUCCCAUGGCAGUGUCUACAAGAUCAAGCCUCUUAAUGACAUUGACUCAAGGACGCUGUUUCAUAGAAGGAUUUUUCACCCCGAAGAUGCUUGUCCAGAGGAACUUAAGAGUGUUUCUGAUGAAAUUUUAAUGAAAUAUGUGGGGGUGCCAUUGGCCAUACUUAGUGUAGCGAGCAUUUUGGCUAGCCCCGAAGGGGUAAAAUCAAAGGAAACAUGGGAAAAGGUUAAAAAUUAUUUAGGUUUCCAGUUAGAAGGAAACCCUGCUUUAGGGUUGAUGAAACAUGUGCUCAAUCUUAGCUACAGUGAAUUAUCUCCGGACCUUAAGACCUGUAUGCUAUAUCUUGGCUUAUUUCCUGAAGAUGGGGAAAUAAGCAAGGAUGAUUUGGUGAAGAGAUGGGUAGUUGAGGGUUUUCUUACAGAAGAUUAUGGGCCUUAUGGACCAGAGGAGAUUGCAGAAAGUCAUUUUAAUGAGCUUAUCAAUAGGAACAUGAUCCAAAUAGGCAAGUUGGAUGACUGCGGGCAUGUCUUAUCUUGUCGGGUGCAUGAUCUAAUGCUUGACUUUAUCAUAGUAAAGUCAACAGAUGAAAAUUUCAUCACUAUAAUUAAUGAUGUUCACAAUACGAAGAAGGGCCAUCUGGAAGCUCGUCGGUUAUCCCUCCAAGUCAAGAAUUCUGAAUACUGUCAGGUGCUGGCAGACAUGGAUCUCGCAAAAGCUCGGUCAUGUAACUUCUGGGGGCCAUGUGAAUUGGUGCCUCCUCUCUCGAGGUUUCAGCUUUUGCGAGUUCUAUCUCUACAUAUUGAUCAUCGUCAUCAUUAUUGUUCCAGGGGCAACCAGCAACAGUGUGAUUUGUCUCCGUUACGCGGCCUUUUCCAACUGAGAUAUCUGAGUUUGAUGAGCAGACACUAUUUUAUGCUAGAUGCUGGUGACUUACCCUCAACGCUGUGGCAUCUGAUUGUUCCGCCAAAUGUGACGGUGAGUGAGAUUCGCAGGAUGAAAGCCCUCCGAACAUUGGAUAUGUACGAGAUAUUUCUCCAUGAUAGACAAAGGUACGAGCAGCAUAUCCAUGGUACCACUAUCACAGAUGUAUGCAGGGAGAUAAAACAUGAGGCGAACAUCAAGGGUCUUGGCAAGCUGACCGAUCUAAGGGAGUUAACGCUUUGUCGAGGUUCAUAUGGCGUGGGGGACACUCUUGAUCUUCUACUCUCUACCCUCUGCAUGCUCCAUAGCCUCCAGUGCCUAACCAUCCAUGGGCAUGGUAUGCAUGAAGACGCCUUGACUUGGUACUUAUGGUCCUCACCGCCACGCCAUCUUCGUAGAUUGCAUGUGCUACCCUGGCCUUUCUCCACUGUCCCAGAUUGGAUCUCCCAACUGGACAAGCUCACAAGUUUGGAAGCUGAACUUGACUCGCUUUCAACGGAUGGUGCCGAGAUUCUUGGCAAGCUGACCUCGUUGGUGCACCUCAGGUUACAUGUCAGGGAGGAGCGUGCUCCCAAUGAAGGCGUUUUCAUCCGCAGAGCAAUGUUCCCAAACCUCAAGAGUUUUUGCUUCAGACACCAGGUGCCUUGCCUCGUGUUUGAGGCAGGGGCCAUACCCCUGCUUCAGAGACUCACUGUAGACUGCUACAUGAAAGCUGUGCGGCAAUCUGAUGGUGUACUUGAUGGCAUCGAGCACCUGGGUAGACUAAAGUCAUGCAAGGUGGAUAUUUACCGUCAACACCGGUUCAUUCGUUUCUAUGCAGACAGCAGUAGGAAAACCAUUACUGGGGUUUUGCACCGACAGCCACAUCUGUCGGAGGUUCCAAGGUGGGACUUCCGGUCUCUGAAGGGUGCGUUCAGGGAGGCCAUCAACAAUCGCCCUGGAUGUCCUGAUGUUAGCAUUCAGGAUGCAUAAAAGCAUCGGGUGACCAAGUGGAGGAACUGCAUGGUCAAAAUGGGUGUACAGUGCUAUUUCUAUGGUGAGAAGAAAUGCAGACACCGAUGUGGAAAGUCUCAAAUCUCAAGCAAGUCUCAGAUUUCAUCAGUAUAUGAAUACAAUAAUGUAAUCCUAUACAGGAAGCCAAUCAGACAGUUAACUCACUCUUUUACAGCAGAAUAAGUACUGAAGUCUGAAGAACAACCGAAGAAACGACGCAGGACAUUUUCUCGUACACUCAGGACCCAUGACGGCGGACGCACGCGUCGACUGCGCAGCCACCCACCGUGCUCCCCUGCCUGCGGCAGCCGCCGUGCACCCGUGCCAGCGUGUUGAUCAACCCUACCUCGAGUCUGCGGCCGCGUGCGAGAUUGGAAUUUAGGGAGGCGACGCGCCGGUUAACAUGCAACCUCUCGAUCAUUGUGUUGGUUUAUUUUAAUGGUAAACCCGACUUUUAUUGAUUAUUGUUUUGGUUUACAGGAAUGACAAAGGGAUCAUGGGGUUCUCCCAGCCACACAUGGUGUCCCUGAACUAAUGAAGUAAAAAACUUUGCUAUAUUAUGAGCAUCUAUGUUUCCUUUCCGACCUUCAAAGAUGAAAUCACAUCGAGCAAAAAGUCUCGCCUGAGCUUGGAUCUCCUUGAUGAUAUUG